AUUAUUAAUCCAAAAAUAUUUGGUAAAAGAAGGAAAGAAAUAAUGUCCCAUGGAUGACUUUUGUUGGCUUAAAUUCUUUACGUCUUCUAGGAAACAAUCAUUUUUCCCCAUCAACUCAGACUCCUACACACCAUUUACAAAAUGCCGCCGUCCGGCGACCAAUCCCCGAGCGACGCUGUAGGACUACCCAUUCACGGUGACGUACUGGAAGCUGUUCUCUCCCAGCUGCCACUCGUCCACUUAGUUCCUGCAACCAUCGUAUCCAAAGUCUGGAAUAAAGGUGUCGCAUCCACCCUAAAAUCCAAGAAACCCCAACCAUGGUUUAUUCUACAUACUCAGCGCUCAAGGUCGCCGUAUCUGACGACGACGGAGGCCUACGAUCCUGGGUCACGCUUGUGGAUCGAGAUUCAUCAGCCAACAAUUGAUUAUGUCUCCGCUCUACGAUCAUCACAGUCAAAUCUUCUCUACAUGUUGUCUCCUUCUAAGUUCUCGUUUUCGUUUGAUCCGCUGCAUCUAACAUGGCACCAUGUAACGCCUCCGCGCGUAUGGCGGAUAGAUCCUAUUGUUGGCGUAGUUGGAAGACACGUCAUCGUUGCCGGUGGUGUUUCCGAUUUCGAGCAUGAUCCACUUGCCGUCGAGAUCUACGACCUUGAGUCGCAAAUUUGGACCAACCCGGAACCGAUGCCGGAGUUUCUCGAAGAUUCUUCGUCGUCAAUCUGGACUUCAAUCGCCACCGACGAACGUCGUCUUUUUGUUAUGGAGAAAAGCUCCGGCGUAUUACAUACCUUCGAUCCAUUGACAAACACCUGGUAUGGUCCUUCUGUUUUACGUCCUGAUCACCUCGUUUCUCAUUCCAGUAUCGGAUUCUCCGACGACAAAUUGAUUCUGAUCGGGUUGUUAGUUGAUUCCGACGACGCCACCCGCAUUAAGCUGUGGGAAGUGAAUUGCGAAUCAUUUGAGUACCAUGAAAUUGCAGAGAUGCCGGCAGCUCUUGUCCAGAAGUUAAAGGGUGAUGACUUGCAAAUUUUUUCGAUUGACGUUCGUAUGGCGGGAAAUGUAGCUUACAUCUAUAAACCGAUGCGAGCCGGAGAGGUGAUAGUAUGCGAACUUUUCGGUGACGGUGGUGAGUGUAGGUGGUGGAGCAUGGCUAAUCCGGUCACCGGUGAUCGAAGUAUAAUGGAGAGGUUCGUUUAUACGUGUACAAUGGUAGGGGUUGAGGAUCUGCAGCGAGCCACUGGGUCGAUGGUGAAUCGGAGAUUUCGAUUUAAAAAGUGAUCCAACGACGUGGAGUUGCAAAGGUGAAAAGCGUUCAAUCUUUGAAAGCUGAUACGCAAUUUCAUUAACAUUAUAACAUUCCAAGGGGGUGUUUACACGUUUCAUUUUCAGUAAUUACGAUAAGAAAAGUAAAUUGUAACAAAAUGGAUAUAAUGUGUUUGUAUUGUUAAAGAUAUAAUGAUUAAGUAAUUUGUUGUUAAAAGUUCUGUUAUUGUAAUUAGACAAAGUUACAUAAAUGUCA